ACCCAUGAGCCUUCCAGGGCGAAAUCAGAUUCGAUCGAGUAUUUUUACCUGUUUACUUAAUCGCAAUUGGGUUGUAGAAAAAGCGACAGCAGUUGGUGGGACAAAAUCCGCAUCAACUCCAAAGUUGAACACUAUUGAAUUGUAUACAUCGGCAGAAGAGUUAAAAAUGAAAAGGGUCCGUCUGGUCGUUUUAAAGGGCCCUGGAUAAAAAAAACUAUGCUAUCCAGGUAUUUUUCUUUCUUCGAGCUCAUCCUCAGCAUAAGAGUUCCUCAACUACUAUGAGCUUCAUUUAUAUAUCCAAAAAUCUCGACACUAAAUUAAGUCGAACGUAUUUUGGUUUUGAAACUUUAGCUUGAGCAUGUUAACUUUAAACCUAACGGAAAUGUUAAUUAAUAAUCUAACAUAAUUAAUUUUUUAUCAGACCAAAGACAUUUGGUCUCAAAUAACGUGGCUUAACACAAAUUUUUGAUAUGACAAAAAGAAUACAACGACUUCAAGCUAAAACCUCAUUCAUUUCGUUUUCGUACUCAACAACAAGAAAUCGCAAAAACAACUAAUCAAGAAGCUCACACAGAGCUCUUACAACAUCGUUUUGCCGCCAAGCAAGCAAUUGGCCAUUUGAUAUGGGAACACCUUCGCCGAGCUCAGCACAAUUUUUCGACACUUUAGCAAUUGAACGCCAAUUUCCCUUUUUCAAAACAAAAAAUCUCCACUCAUUAGUUCAACUCGGUUGGAACGUGCAGGUAAUGAAAUUAUUUUGCUGCGAAACGCGACCAUUGGGAGAUCAAUUGCUUGCAGCUACAAAGCUCCUAACCAGCGGAAGCAAAUCAAAACUGUAAAACCACAUUACAAAAUAAAUACAUAUAUAAUGAAAGGCGGAUUUAUCCUUUCGCCGGCAAUUACCUAUCUGAUCGUUGUCAUGAUAAUCGCAGUGGAAAUCAAUAAGAGCCUUGCGUGGCACUUAGCACAGACCGGCCUUCGCGAACCGUAUCGCGUGCGUCACCUUUCACUUUACUGUUCGCGUGUCUUCCUUUGUAUUAGCACAGAGAGUGAACUAUUUCCGACAUUGAUUGCAACGAAAUGGCCAGAGAACUUUGUUCCAUUGCAGAGUGAGAUUUAUCCGCAUAGUUUUGCACACUCGCAUGGCAAUCGUAGUGAUUGUGAGCUGAUACAGAAAGCCAUAUGGACACAAGUGGAUAAUUUGGGGCGUUUAUGGGUAUACGAUGCCGGUUGGGAAGAGAAGCGCACCGAUACAAAGACGGUGGAGAGCAGCACGAAAAUGUGUUCGCCGAAAUUGUUGGUGUACGAUUUGCUGCGGAACGAUGCGGAGAUAUUACGCAUCGACUGCAGUCGUUACCUCGCACCGAAGGACAGUGAAGACUUGGUCAUCAAAUUAGGACCCAGUCCAGCGCUGUGUAAAGUAGAGAAAUAUGUAUAUUUCAUACGACCCGACGACGCGCACAUACUCGCCUACGACAUAGUGGAACAAAAGUGGCAACGACGCUCGCUACUCAGUCGCAAGUAUCAUGGCAUAAUCGAGACGCCCUUCCCAAUUAAACCAAUUGACAUCGCAUUCGGUCUGCACCAUGAGCUGCUCUUCGCCGAUGCGGAUGGCCAAUUGUAUGCAACACCAAAUGCAGAAUUGAAGACGCAAUCGAAUGUAAUCAAUCGGGAAACGACAAAUGAAUUGGAUGCAAAGCAAAGCAGAGGACAAAAGGUGGAAUCUAAAAUUGAGCUGACGACUGAAGACAAAGCGAAUGUUAUUGAAUUGGAAUUACUGGGCAACUUGCUGGGGCCGAGUAGGGGCAUGAUGGUGGAUGGGCGUACGGGUGCGCUCUUCUAUGCGGUGCCGAAGUUUGGCGCGAUUGUGCGUUGUGAGCUGCAACGCAAUUUAACGGCAGAAGACAAUGAGAUCGUCUACUUUACCGCGAGAAAUAUACAACAGAUAUUCUUUGGACUACGUGGCACUGUAUGGUUGCUAACAGAUCGUCUGCUGCAGCCGGAUGAUCAUUGUUUUGCGAAUAUAUGAGUGAAGAAAUGGAGAAAAUCAAUUAAAAUAAGUUUAAAAAUACAAAUAC